ACUGGCAGACACAGCGCUUACGGGACAGUAGACACACACACACACACACACACACACACACACACACACACACACACACACACACACACACACACACACACACACACACACACAGCGGUGCAAGGGACAGUAGACGAGCUCGGUACACGCGCGCGCACACACACACACACAAUCUGGACGGGAGCGUGCACGGGCGCGCGCAGAAGGAGGAGAGCACCACGGUGCUGAAGUCCCACGCACGGCACUGAGCUCGCCUCGUCUUCCACACGGGACUUACUAUGAGCAGCUCACGCCUCGGUGACCGUUAGCUGCUGCGCAUUCAGAGAGGAACGAGGAGGAAAAGACUUUCAGUCAUGGACACCUUAACGUGGAUGGUGUUUUGCGCUGUGGUGGCAGUAGUGUGUGGCUCUACACUUGAAUUAUCUGUGGACAAUAAAUGUGAAUCUGGUCAGAAAACCACCAGCGGUGAGUGCUGCAUAAUGUGUCCACCAGGGGAGGGGGUAAUCACCCCGUGUGGAGAUGCUCAAACUGAGUGUGCCCAGUGCCUUGACAGUGAGACUUACUCAGACACGUACAGUCACACAGACAUGUGUCUUCCCUGUACGGAGUGCACUGGGCUCAUGCGCAUGGAAACGCCGUGCACCGACUCCAACGAUGCCGUGUGCGUGUGUAAUUAUGGCUACUACAUGAGCAAAUUGACAGGCAACUGUGAGCUAUGCACACUGUGUCCACUUGGCCAUGGGGUCUACACAGGCUGUGAAUCUACCAAGGACACGGUAUGUGAGCCGUGUGAGGAAGACACCUACUCAGACCAGGAGAGUGCUCUGGAUCCCUGCUUGCCCUGCACCAUCUGCAACGAUGGCUCAGAAGAGUUAGAAACCCGGAGGGAAUGCACAUCCAUAUCAGACGCAGUGUGUUACGAUCCGCUGGCUCCCACGCUAGCAUUUCCCAGCUCUUCCCCUGAUUUGUCAGUGGAGGAUGUGGGAAGCCCCGGCCCGGAUGAGGAGAGCACCACGACUAAGCCAAGCUCUCCUCACUUCAUAGGUGGUGGGCUCAAUGAGAACCUCAUCCCCAUCUACUGCUCCACUCUAGCAGCCGUGCUCAUCGGCCUGCUCGCAUACAUCGUCUUCAAAAGAUGGAACAGCUGCAAGCAGAACAAACAGGCGGCCAACAACCGGGCGGCCACGGCCAAUCAGACAUCUCCGUCUCCGGAAGGAGAGAAGCUCCACAGCGACAGUGGCAUCUCUGUGGACAGCCAGAGCCUUCAGGAGCAGCAGCAGCUGCAGACACAGGCCGAGGCUCACACACAGACCCAAACUCAGCUCCACACGCCUGAUCAGAUCGUGGUGAGGAUGGAUGGAGGAGCUCAGUCAGAUUCUCAACCAUCACAGGCAUGAAGGCAACAGCUGAAGGAGGUGACACCAUUGAAGAAUGAAGAAGUGCCAGGGAGAGCAAAAGGGUGGGAAGAGCAUGGAGAAAAGUGGCAUGGUGGUUGUUCUGAUGGUCAUGACCUAACCAUGGCUAUCUAUUAAACCCAGUAUGGACAUUUACCUGAUGCACUGGGUCUGUGGGCUUGAAGAACUUCAGCAAAUCAGAUGUUUUCGGCCACAAUCUUCACUUUUACAGAAACAUCCUCAUAUUAUCUAAAUGUUCCAUGGUCAAAACCCAGGCUGAAACCCAGUUCAGAACAUACCAGCAGCAGUCAUGUGUUAUGACACUUUGAUCUAAAUUGGGCUUCAUAUAGCACUGGAAUCUAAUACAUCUCAUUUAACAUCACCAACCAAAUCUAAAUGGCCUUAUAGCAUUUUUCCAAUGUAUUAUAACUAAUGUAUACUCCGAAAUAUAUGUAUGUAAACCAUGCAUUUGUUCCCUUAACAAACUAAUCCAUAAGGUUUCCACUUGAACCAAAUGAAGAUCAUCAACCCAAGCACUUCAUGCUUUAAAGACACUCCAAGAGCUAAGAAGGGAGGUCUGUUUUUCAGAAUGAUUGCACCUGUUGCCUCCUGCUCCUGAUGAUCUGAUCCCACCAAACUCUCAGAUGAAUUAGAGCUCUAGUUCUGGACCUAUAGGCUUUACAUGGACUCCAGAAGAAUGCCUCAAUCGCACUAACGUCCUUUGCUUUUUUUGUCUUUGUUCUUAAUAUUCUUUAUUCCAAAUUGCCUAAACAUAGGAUUAAAAAGCAUGUCUUUGAGGUGUUGGUCAGAUUCCUUCCUUCAAAGUAGUGUACAGAAAUUUGAAAGGUUGCCCUUUAAGUCCAGGCCUGAUAGUGGUGCUGUUUUUACCCUUAAUGGUGGUUUGUGAAGUUAAGCCAAUUCUGUAUCAGCGAGUGUAGGCGACAUCUUGAAAAGGUGACAUUUACUGACCUUUACGGUUGUAAUGACUCACAUCUAUACUUAGCACUCUCUCUCUCUCUCUCUCUCUCUCUCUCUCUCUCUCUCUCUCUCUCUCUCUCUCUCUCUCUCUCUCUCUCUCUCUUUAUAAAGCAGCUAUGUUUUUUUGAUAUACCCACAUACAAUCUCCGUUUCCUCCACACAUACAUACUUUAAGUGCAUUGUAUUCCCUCCGCUAUUACCUCACUUCCACCCAGAUUUAUGUUACAGUGCUGAGUUGUAUGGUUCUUGUUUCACAGAAAGCAAACUAUAGCAGGUCAGUGGGAUGCAAUUCUGCAAUUCUCUACAGCAGAGGGAGUCGGCUUAAUACAUUACCCUCUCCUUUCAUACACAUACAGAUCACCAGUGUAAUUCCCAGACUCAAUACUCAAUGAUUCAUCUUCAGACUUCUGUUCGCCAUUUAUUGUACCUCUCUCGGUUUCACCCCAAGGCUGACUAACCCAGGUUUGAGAACCAUGGGUAAAUGAUUCAUGCUGUGGUUGGUGAGUGGGCCACAUGUGGUAAACUGGGGUCCAUUAGAUGCUCUAAUGUGGUUGUGCUCAAAGCCAGCUCAGCAUCUUUGGACUCUGAGUGGUUCUGCCUGGCUGUAAGUGCUGUAUCACUGUGCUGGUGGUAAUGCUGUUAAAACAGUAGGUCUAGCCAGCACCCUUAAAGCUUCUUCAGUUUGUCCUUUUUGGGGCCCCUUACAUUUGAGGAGGUUUUUCAUGGAGAAAACCAUUAGGUUUUAUGUUGAACUGUGUAGUGUUUCCUAUCAAACUAACUGUCUAAUUGGUGGAUUAGUUAUAGGUACAAACUACUAGCUAAUCACAGCAAAGAAAGUGCAGAAAAAAACCUGGGGAAACUUACUGUACAUGUCAACACAGUUAAUCAUCUUCUUUAGUUGUGUUGAUGACUUGUUGCUCCAUGUUUUAGAUAUUAGCAUUGUGCCACCUAUGUGUGCUCAUCCCAAACAAAUAAUUACAUUUUAUGUCUACUAUGACAGUAGCUUAGCAGUAUAUAAGUUUAAUUAAAAUUGCCUAAUAUCAAAUCACUUCACGUUGAUCUGGUGAUACACCAAGAAGUUACAAGAUAGAAAGGGUAGAAAAGCAAUCAAGAAUGUGCAGUGUGAAUGUGGGCAAACACUUACAUAGUAUCCAUACACCACAACACAGCAACCAAAACCAACCAAUUUCAUGUGCUUCUUUUUCCCAAGGAUUACAUCCUUCCUUCAUUAAUCUAAUGAGCGGUAGUGGCAAAGACAUACAUUAAGUACAUACACUUGCACACUAAUUUUACUGUGUUUGCUGCAUGGCUUUGUAGUUUACUUCACAAUCCAGAAUGGGAGCUUGUAAUCUAUUUCAUCACUCUCAGGUCACUGGGCACAAACUGAGGAAUGGUGGUGGGAUUCAAACUGCAAUAAAUAACCACUAUAGUAUUGAUCAAACUUUGUUUAAUGAGCACAGUAUUGAGACUUUUUUUCUAUUUUACUCAGGCUUAUCUAAUGUAAAUAGUGGACAAUAAAAUUACUGCAUAUUGAAACAACUGUACAUUUACUUAUUUCUGUAGCAUUGGCCUUGGAGCAGCUGAAAGAAGCCCUCAUGGUUGGAUGUUAGUUUGACAGAACCUGGUGUGUACCAUUGCCUUAUUGCUUUGCUCCUUUGUUUUCACUUCACUUGGCUAAUGAUACUAGCUUUGGCUUGGCUUGAUAAGCUGAAGUCGGUAUUCACCUCCUGUCUGGCAGAGCAAUAGAGAGUCUGUUCUUGCGCAUUAUAGUUCAGAGCCGUCCUCCUCACUCAGCUGGGUGCUUUCCAUUAAAUCAUUCUAUGGAGCGUAUUAUUGCCCUCUGCAGCUAGCCGCUGUGUUGGAGUUAAAUGCGUUUUAUGGCUCCAUCACCUCACUUGUGGAGCUCUACUCCACCGUUUUGCUGAAAGCACUUACAGGUGAAAAGGGAAGACAAGUCGCUUUACGUUUUUUUUCCCCUCUUCAUUGCUUCCUCUGUGAACACAUAUGGCAACAGAGGACAGAUGUCAUCUUUUGUGUGGCUAGAGAAAUGAAAGAUAAGCUCUCAGUUUUGCAGACAAUGAUUUUCUGUCAGUGUGGUCUUCAGAGUACUGAUAUUUUCAUACCAUUAAAAAGGAAUACAAGUGAUUGAAUGGAUUAGAAAUUGUUCUUAGUAUUAUAGUAUAGUAAACAGAAGCUAACAUGGAUUAUCUUCUACGAACUGCUCUUACGGCACAAUGAAGCACUUCUAUAUUCAACAUCUUAAUGUACAUUCUUCACUCAAUAACCAGCUUUUACUUCCAUUUAUCACCCAAGGAUGAGUAGAGAAUGUACAAAAGCCUAGUGAUUAAUAUUAAUAUGCAAAAUGUGUUGCGCUAGCUAACUUUGUCUUAUAUUGUGUUCAGUUCUAUUUUUAUCCAGUGCUCUUCUUUUAUAGAAAACAUGGUUUUUGUUUUUCUUGAUAGAAUUACCUUUUCAGAGCAGAAUUUUAUAAAGACAGUUUACUUUUGUAGCACUUAAACUGAUUGAAUUAGUACACUCAAAGAGUAUCAAGCACCACAAAGUGCCUGUGGACUUCGUCAGGUGUCUUUGAGCUACAUUCAUAAAAUUCAAUUUUGCAUCGCUUUGCUCUAUUUUUUUUCUUUAUGUCUGAUCUGUAUAAAAUGAAAUUUGUGUGUAUGCUUUCUACAUUUUAUUGGGUCUUUAGUCAAGAUAAAGAUGGUCAUGAAUGCUACAGGACAUUACAUCAUUAUCCAAAUAGACUACAUCUGGGUUAAAGUUUAACAGAAUAGGCUUGAACAUUCACAAGCUACACAUGCUAUAUACAGUAUAUGCUUAAGAUCAUGAAAUAAAAUGCAGAAACUAUCAUCUAUUGCCAUGUACUGUCAUGAUGUGUUAUUAUUAUGCCAUUCUAUGCAUUUACAGGAUAAUAUAACAUCAACCUAACAAAAACAUAUUGACCAUAGGUACCGCAUACAUGUACGUUUGUUUUUGGCAAGCCUUUAAAACCCUACUUUUAGAUGGAUAUGGAGCCACUCAUAAGAGUUCAUAUGGUUAGAUGAUGUCAAGGGUGAUUCUCAAGCAAGAUUUCACUCUAUCAGUCCCUGCUUCCAUAAUUGGGAUGAAUGUUAGUUGUACUUAGCCCAUAUUCUCCAAUGCAUUGUGUAAGUGUGACAAAUUUCAUAUAGUUGUUAUGACAGUACGCUUAUGUAAAUGACAAAUGAGACAAAUUAGUUAUGUAAUAGAAUAAAAACAAUUAUGAUUG